CCCGCCCCAGUGCUCCCUCUCUCUUCUCUACUAUGGACAGAGCCUCCACGGAGAGAACGGCUGCCUGCCCACCACAGACCCAGCUGACAUGAGGACUGUCGGAGCUACACAGCUGUGCUGGGUGAUCCUUGGCGUCCUCCUACUCCAAGGCCACAACGCACAGUCCACCACAACACAGGACUCUAGUCUGCGGGGAAAUCUAAAUCUGACCACAGAGCCAACUUCUCCCAAAACAGGAGACAGCCCUUCCUCAGAGGCCAGCAGUCCAAGCCCUCCAUCCAGCACUAGCACCCCAGCAGCCACAGAGAAGGCCUCACAAGUCUCCAAGGUAACCAGUAAACCAGUGACGCCAAAGUCAAGCCCCGUCAAUGGUCACUCGCCGUCCUUGGUGGGCCUGACCUCGUCCCAGCCACAGAAGCACACAUCAGUACCUGGUACAAGUGUCCCAAGCAGUGGCAGCAGCAGUGGCAGCACGACUGGAGACAUGUCUCAAAAUAUUACCCCCAAAUCAGACAACACGAGCCUGAGGACAGGAGAAGACUCGACAAUCCUGCCCAGCCCCACGUCAGAGACAGUACUUACUGUGGCUGCAUUUGGUGUUAUCAGCUUCAUUGUCAUCCUGGUGGUUGUGGUGAUCGUCCUAGUCAGUGUGGUCAGUCUAAGGUUUAAGUGUCGGAAGAACAAGGAGUCUGAAGAUCCCCAGAAACCUGGGACUUCAGGGCUUUCUGAAAGCUGCUCCACAGCCAAUGGAGAGAAAGACAGCAUCACCCUCAUCUCCAUGAAGAAUAUCAACAUGAAUAACAGCAAAGGAUGCCCCUCAGCAGAGAAGGUUCUUUAAAAGCAACCUUGGGGUUCCCAUGGGGCCGAGGAUGAUGCAGCUGCCAUGACUGUAAGGAGGAAUGUGAUAGGAUUGGCAGAAGCGAUAAACUACAUAUAAAUUAUUUUAUUGUUUUACAUCUACUCUCAGAUCUAAACGACACUCAUCCCUCCAGAUCUGGGAGCAAGCUACCAGUAUGAGAGACUCUUUCCCAUAUGGACAACCAUUCUAGAAACAUGGCCUGCUCCUCCCACAUUCUCAAAAUCACAGGAAGGAGAGUCUACAGAACAAUGGCAAGGAAAACGACAAAAUGGACUGGUCUUUUCUACUUUGCAUUAAAAUUAUUUUCUGGCCUGCAGUCUAAUUUCUUUUAAA